CCGAAAUUUUUGGUGUGGAACCACGUCAGUCGCCAAAUCGGUCGUAUUUUUCGGUCCUCGCAUUAAAUCUUUUGCCGGUUUUGUUUGAUUUUCUCCGGUGGAAUCACUUUUAAGAUUUAACAGAAUAUCAAUCCUGCAUCCGUUCGGUACUUUAUUCGUUUUUGUUACUGUCGCAGUUAGUUUCCUUGUCCACGUACAUCGUGUGCACUCGAUAGACCAGCAUUGAAGGAUUAUAACCUGUUGCUUUUAAAAUCGUGAUUGUUUUGUUUUGACCAGUUGGAGAUUUUUCAUUAAAUUUUAUCGUGAAAGUUUAGUUCAGCGGGUGAAUUCCACAUCUCUCAGUGUCUAUCACAUAUUGUCUGAAGCUGUGGGUCAGAAUUUUGGUUAGCGUGUCCGUGGAAUCCAGACUCCGGGUCUUUUCAGUGCGGUGUCGUGCUCGUGCGUGAGCGUGUUUCUCUGGAUUACGUCGCCGGCUCCGGCAACCAGUCCCCACUCUCGCACAAUUUUCAUACAGGCCUGGCUGCGUGAAUUCUCCAAGACCAAUAAAUGGAGCCUGAGCUAGAUACGUCUGGAUCGUAGCGCCAUGACCUGUCCCUGCCGCCUCCGACCACAUUCACCAUGUGAUCUACGAUUAAUCUUCAAAAUUUGUUGAGUCCUGCUAACAUCGGACCCAUGUCUUGCGUCCGUGACACCUCUCCGACGGCCAGCUCGAAAAAUGCCGAAGACACGGGGAAACAAGAAUCGAAGAAACGGCGGUUCCACCCGUUGCGGGGGCUGCGGCGGAUUUUCCGGCGGAAACCGCGGACCCAGGAGCGGGAUCGGGAGCGGGGCCCGGACUCGCCGCACUCGAGUCGCGAGGGCCUCUCCCCCGACGAUGCCCACCCCCACCAGGGUACCGACGCCGCCGGCAUCCAGGCCCAGUGCAGCCGCUCCGCCAGCCAACUCAUUCAGGACCCUUCUCAGUCAAGGAGGAGCCUUCACUCAACCGUACUAAGUGUUAGCCACGACAGCAUAUUCUCACCCGAAAUCCACCCCGAAUCUCAACUGGGCUCAGUUCAGUCCGUCCAAAAAUUAGGCCACUCCAACAUCAGGGCGGAGCUGUUCGAUGCCGUCAGGCGGAGGAAAGGGCGGGAGGACACGAGCGAAGAGGACCUGGGCCUCCCCCGGAGCCCCCUCAGCAACUCCCUCACCACCACCGAUGCUCUCUCCGAAGCCAACAAGGAUGUGAGAAUAACUAAGUCCCCGCACAGCACCUGCAGCGACGGCUCUCUACUCAGCAUGGGCUCUUCUGAGAUGGACGACGAUUUUUAUGGUCACAGCUCAAGAAACUCAUCAAAAUUAUCUCUGUAUGAUAGGAAAAGUUUAAAUCAAGAUUCAGAUACCGGCGUGGAUUUAAAUGAAAGCGUGACAUCAAACCAGUUAAGUCACAGUGCUGCACGACACAAAAUGGCAAUCAAACCAAAACGAACUCAUGGCGCACCACGAAGAAACAAGCCGUUGACGGUCGGAUCCAUUCUUCCCUCAACCCCAGAAUUAAAUGAAGAUAUCAGCAGUCGAAGCCUUUCGUCACAAGCUAGUGACUCAGUGAGCACCACUGCACAUGCCAAUCCCACCGAACCCUCAAAUGACACUCGAAUAAAGUCAGCAUCCCUGCCCUCAGGGUUAUCUCCAGUCAGUUCUCGCAUCAAGCUAACGCGCAGUCGCUCUAAUGCAGCAUAUCUCAGCAGUGGCGAUAUUUUCGAAGAGGAUGAGGACUCUCAGCCGCAGAAAAAGGACGAUUCUAACUCAUUCUUUGGUCGUCUCCUGUCACGUCGUAGUGGUAAGAAGAAGAAGUCUGUGGACGAUUCAUUGAUGACAGUAGUGCCACCAAAGCGGAUGGACGAGAAAGGCCGCUAUGUGCAUGAGAUCAGCAAUAUUUCAGUGAAGCACUACCCUGCAGCUCGUCAGCGAGUGGAUCCAAUCAAUAUUCCGUCAGACUGCAACCCAAUAGUAUCGAGAAUGCACAUCUCGUACCCACACUUUCCUCCGACGCUGUCUGAUCUGGAGGGUGGUGUUGUGGUACAUGCUGUUCCUGCAGAUAAAAUCGAGGUUGUGCAUACGAAACCUAUUCAGGACUUACCAGAUGUACUGCGACCAGUCAAGAAAUCUUUUAGUUUCAGGGGUGUCAAUCAGUACAACAAUUCCGACUCCCUCAGCUUGCCGGUCCAUGUUAAUUCUGCUAAAGACGACUCUGAUUGUGGCGAUGCAUCGGAUGCUGUUGAGAAUAAACUUGGAGUAAGGAAUGUGAGCAUCACAGAAGAAAUGGUUCCAACUAUUUUACUGAAUAGGGAGACAGAUGACUCUCUGUUGUCCAGUUCAAGCGAGGCCUCUGAAGUAACAUCAGAGCCGCAGAAAAUAGUCGUCUCACCAGAGAUCAAAGACACUAAUGAUGGCAAAAGUAUCAAAAUUUCAUCCUCAAAUUUUGAAAGUUUGGAUGCCAUAUCUAGUCAUAAUCAGAUUUCGACUGUGAUCCUCUCUGAGUCUCCAGAGACUAUCAAAUCAGAAAAAGAAUUUUACAAUGCCACGAAAAUCAAAAAUUGCGCUAAUAUCAUUAUUCCUGAUGUUGUCUCGCAGGACUAUCAUUCAAAGUCUCCAGAUUACCAGUCUAAAUCACCUGACUUUCACUCAAAGUCUCCAGAUUAUUUGUCUAAGUCACCAGACUUUCAUCCGAAGUCUCCGGAUUAUCUGUCUAAAUCGCCGGAUUAUCAUUCAAAGUCCUCGGAUUACCUGUCUAAAUCGCCAGACUAUCUGUCCAAGUCUCCAAAAUCCCUGUCUAGCUACUUACCAAAGUCACCUAAAACUCCCACUGAUUUAUCUCCAGAGGAUUCUCAGAAGUUCCUCGAAGAAAUGCCACAAAUAAGUCCCAGAAGCAUAGAUACAAUAUCUCGCAGUUCAAAAGUACCAGAACCAGUGUUACCGCCCAUUCCAGCACCAAGAACUUCAAUCCUUAAGAAAGACCCAGAAAGCACAGUUCCGGAGUUCAUGAAAAUUCAGCUAAACCGCAUUGAAAACAAAGCAAGCUCACACGUUAUACUUUCAACGUCACCUGAAAAAGCAGAUAGCCCAGAAAAGCUCAAGAUGAAUAAACUUGAGAUUGCCAAAAGCGAUGGCAUUGUAGCCAAAAAACCGGAAGUGAUGAAUGUAGAUAAAUCAGAGCAACUGGCGGAAACUUCCAAACCUGGAGAUAACAUUGAUUCAAAUGGGAAUCAAGCAAUGCAAGAAAAAGCCAUGAAUUGUGAAUAUCCGAAACCUCAGUCUGAAAAGCGAGAAAUGGUGGAGGAAAAGCCAGGGGACAAGCCCAUCAUAAAAGAAGCCAUACAUAAACCAAAUGUUGCUCCCAAGUCACCUCUGAGUUAUGCCCCGCAUAAAUUCACGAUUAAUACUAGACAGUGGUCGUCUGUCAAUACUACCAACAACAAAAUGAGCGUUUCCCAUUCUAGUGAAGUGACAACGAAUCAGGAGAAAGUCUUAUGUGAGUCUACAGGAAACAAACCAGCUCUGCCAACUGUGAAACUUACAACUGAAGUGACAGCUAAUCAAAAAGAAGAAAGGGUUUUCUCGGAUGAAUCUUCCAGCAAACCAACCAUUAAAAGGACUGGUGGCUCAGUGAUUGAUCCAAAUGAGGACGAAAAGCCAGACAUCAACCUCUCCAAACCAGUUGUAUCCUCGAUCAGACACACCACCGAAGUGAACUCAAAUGUUGACAGAAAACCGUUGGAUCAGAGUAACAAGCCAGUUUUAUCAUCCUCCAUCAAAGUCAUUUUGAGAUCUCAUAGUAACGUCGAUGAAGAUAGUUUGAAGUUCUGCGAGAGGCCCCCCAGGUCUACUAGCACGGAGAAUAUGGAUGAUUCUAUCAUCGUUUGUAAUGAAAGAAGACCACUUAUUAAGUCAGAAACAAGCAAUUCAAAAACGGACAACAAACCUAAAGUAGAAAAACAGGAAUUGAAAGCUGAGAGACAAGAGCAUAGUUGCUUAAAACCAGAGGGUUGCACAACAGUUGUUUUGCGACGGAAAUCGGAUGUGAAGGAUUUGCGGUCGAGUAAAGAUGAUGAACCAGAAUUACUCAAAGUUUUUGCCCGGCGGUCGCUGAAAAUCAAAGAUUCUGAUAUCGUCGAGGCAGUGAUAUCUGACUCAAGAGAAUCUGGUGCCAAGUCGCGAGACAGCGACAAAGAGAACGAAGAAAUGGACUCUCCACCAGAGGAUAGGAAAUUCAAAGAGCCAAUCAAGUCUGACCUCGAUAAUGAGCCUACAAAACCAGUCUUUAACUUUAUCUCUAAUGUCAACUUGACAAAACCCACGCUCCUAAAUACGUAUAACCCUGCGAAAUAUCAUCGAAGUUUGAGUCACAAUGCCGAUGAUUUGUCGAAUACCAUUUUGUUGUUGUCGAACCAGAGCGAGAACAAUAUCAAUAACAAUAUCUUUGAAAAACGACAACGAAGCAAGACUCUACCGGACCUCCAAGUCCAAAAGAAUACCUCCAACAAUUUGUUUAUGAAUGAAAGCGACAACAACAACACAGGAGAUGAGUCUGAAACAUCAGGAUUCAAACGUAUUCAGCAAAGAGCGGAGGAAUGGGAGCGAAGAGCACAGCUAGCCAUGAAGAAAUCUUGUAUCGAGUAACCAAUUCUCAAGUGAAAUUCCUUUGUGUUUCAGUUUCUGGAAGUUCCUCUCUAGAAACAUCACAAAUCAGCUUAUUACUGCACUGUGGUAUCUCAUUCGGCAAUGAGUCUGACCAUCUGCAUACAUUGAGCCACUUGCCAGUCUGUCCGUCUCUUUUUUCUUCUGAGUUUUUCAACAAAUUAUUGUGCCAAGCACCAUAUCAUGUAAAAAACCUUGCUUUGCUUUAAGCUACAGUGUUUUAAGGAGUGGCUUGCUCUUUAUCUGUUCAAAUGAUAUAUUAUGAUAGUCAGAAAAAUAAAUUUUUCUUAAUAGGAAGUUCAGUGAAUGGUUGAAAGCACAUCUUCUUGCAACCUCAUUUCGGUUUUUUUUCUCGCAUUUGAUACUAAUUUUGAAGUUAUUAUUUUCCAAUAUUACUUUUUCCAUUCUUUUUGAAUAUUAAAAUGAAUAGUUCUGCCAUAACUAUUCCUAAAUGUACUUCGUACAUUAAUUUAAAUCUACAGCGAUUAGAAUGAUAAUCCUGGUAUCUUAAAAGCUAAAUUUUUAAGAUAGAUCCACCCCUCAAAUUCCUUAAUGUAAGUUUCAAGAUGUACUCGUACAUUUACAAAUCCUUCCUUCAUAUUUUUCAAAUUAAUUUCAAGAUUACUUAUAAAUGAAUUGGCAGUAAAAUUAUCAUCACAAGACGUAAUAGCUCUAAUUUUUAUAAAUUGCUAUACCUAAUUGUCUGCAAUAUAAUUUAUCCAGCCAAAAAAAAUGAAAUUCGAUUGUUUUUAUGAAUUGUCUAGAACAGGGAGAAGACUUUUCACGCUGCAGAUUUGUUAGGUACUUCAGGGCAAUCUCUCGGUAGGUCUCUCAAGCCAAUUCACAGCCUUCAAUAAUAGUUCCCAUCUCUCUUCUCAUCAUUUUCUCUCUUUUGUUGAUGUUCCCAGCAACUUCUUAACCUUUGUUGAUGAUAUUUCUCACAUUUUGUAUCUCUUUUAUAAACUUUUUGGGAGUGCGUAUAUUACAAAGAGUGCCUUUUCCCUUCUUCUAUAAAAUGAAGAAAGGAGAUAAAGCGAUGGUGGAUGCAUUGAUGUCUUUCAUAUCAGUGAUAUACUUUAGUCGGAAUUGUUUUAUGCAUUGUUUUACCAAUCAAGUUUACUUCAUCAAAUUUAUGUAAAAAACUCUUUAAGUCAAUCGAUGUUUUUAUUUUUUACGGACUAAUCAAUUUUUUAAUAUGUAAAAAUCACACCUCUGAAUUCUGGUAAAGAUUACGCGUUUAUUUUGCGGCAUGAACCCUCUCAAUGGCAAGGCGGGAAUGAUCGAUUAUUAAUAUUUUCUCAUUUGAAGCCAUGAUAAAGAAUCGAUUGUUAAGGUGUUUGUUGGGAACACGCUGUGUAUCAAUGCUUUUUCAUAGUUUCAAAUGGUAGAUCAAUCGAUAUAUCGCAAAGCACCCCACUCCACUGAAUCUUCUGUUGAAGACAAUUUUACAAUUAUGUAUAAUCAUUUCCACCAGUAAGAUUGCAGAUGAGUAUUAUGCUUCAAUUUGAUACAACUAGAUGAAAUUUUUUUACAAAUACUUGUUUGUAUAGUUUCUGGACCUCGAAACAUUUCUAUUUGGUUGUUACAAAGAUUUCAAAACUGAGCGUAAGCAUCUAAAAGAAUGAGAGAUUAAAGAGAUUUCAUUGGGCCUUUAAGACUGCAAAUGAGUGUUGCAACCCAAGUGUAGCGACUUUGAUUCGACAUUUUUCUGCAAAAAUCAUUUCAUCACCACCCACAAAUUUGAAAUUUGAAGACGAAUCGGUCCCACAAACCUUAACCCUACUUAAACUUAAUGAUACAAGACACCAACCACGGCUUACAAACUCAAAUAUGCCAGAACUCAUGGAAAGUUACCAAGCGACCACCAAGCAUGUGACCUAUGACAAAAGUCAUGCCAGUUUGAAGUAUCAAUUUUCAGUCAAGAAUCUACAGUCAAUCGUGACUGAAGUUUUUUGAAAUUUUUACAUUCCAUAUAGUUCUGUUUGCUGCCAUUCUCUCAAUCAGUGAAGACUUGCUAUUUUCAUCAGUUCUUUAACUCAUUUCAAAGCAGCGUGGGCUCGUCUCCAGUUGAAAUGCUCGGUGUUUAUGUCUAAGGAUUACACCAGGGCUUUCUUCCCUUUAACAGAGUAACAUACAAAGCAUUUGUUUCUUAAUACAAUCUGUUUUAUACUAUAAUCCUGCCAUGCCUCUGUUUGUACGUGAAAUCUUAUACCUAGUUACAAUCAAAUCGCAGAAAUCCGAUAUAUUUCUUAGCUUAGAUAUUGCCUAGUAGUUCUCAGUUUUAAUGACUCACAAAAAUUGAGUAAAACUUUGGUUUUUACAGAUUUCCUUGUUCAGAUCGUUGGCAAAUUAAUGCAGAGUUUUUAUCUUUGUUAACAUUAUGUUAAAUUUUAUUUUUGCACCCUUUAAGUAGAUGACAUUAUAACGCUUACAAUUUUUGAAUUUUGAUCAUUUUUACCCAAAACCUCUUUUCUUAUUUGAAAUCUGAAAACUAUUUUUCGUCAAUAUUUCGGAAAUGUUUCAGACUGUAUCAAAAUCUAUUUUUCUUAAACUUUUAAUAUCUAUAAAUUUCAUUUUUUUUCUAUCACAGAAUCGUUUUAACUUCUCGAGUGGUUCUUCAGUAACAGUGAGUGCGAUUUCUGUUAUGUUAAAAAAAAUUGAGUCUACUAACUUUCAGCUACAAAGCACUGAUAGUUUUUAUUCGAAAAUGACUCAAAGUACAUAUGUUUCUUACUGAUUAAAAAAAAGAGAAAAAUACUUUAUUUUCUCGUUUUAUUCAAUUGUUUUUUCUAACAAAGUGAUCAAAAUAUGUACCGUUCCAGUCUCAGAUGAUAUAUCACUGGCAUCUUUGGAGAAUUGAACAAAAAAAUAUCCACCCUUUAACUUUAGUUUGAUGUUGAAAUGAGGGUUUUUUUUUUUUUUUAAAUUCCUUAUCAACUGUUGUUGAAAGCCUUGACAAUAUAUUGUGUAUAAUGCUAUAUGUGCAUCUCAUGAAGCGCUUAAAUAUUGCAAAAAUUUACUAAUAGCUGACAGAGUUGAGAGGUAUCUUAAAUUUUUAAUUUAAAGCACUGUGCAUUGACUGCGUGUACAUAGAAGUUGUUUUGUAUAUAAAGAAUUUAAGAUUGGAUACUUAGGAGUAUUCUUAAUGCUUGGUUAUUCGGAUCUACAUGUGUAGGUCUGUUUAUUGUACAUGUGUACAUACUUAUCAUUUGUGAUUUUUUCUACUUCUAAUCUUCCUGUAGUAUUGCCUGUGUUGUUUUUAUGUUUUUACCGUGAACUAUGCUUUAAAAUUAAAGUAGAAGCUAUUUUUAUCUUUUUUUCCUGUCAUUCUGGGCUGUUUUAUCACAACUUUUCACAAAGAAUAAUUUUAUGGUUGAUUUGAUUGUUGAUUGAGGUGUGGAAAAAAACCUGGACAAUUUUAGAACAAAGUUCAAAGAAAAAAAUACAUUUUCCAAGUUACUGGUGUGAAUUGAAACGCUUAUUUUGAAGGGGUGCCAAGUCGUACAUUUUCUGAAAUUGAGAUUUGGACAGGAAAGAAAUCCUUUUCGCUUCUUGUGUGGAUUUUCUUGAAACAAUUUUUUUUUAAAAAAAAAAUGUUUUUCAGUGUUGGCACCUUUUCGAUACAAGCGCUUCAAUUACUCACUCAAUUUUUAAGGCCUUAAUGAAAUUAUAAGAAAUUGAAUGCCAAAAUUAUGUUGGGAGUAACACCUGGUCAUAACGGAGCAGGCUCUUACCCACAGGUUUCAGUCAUGAGAAGAUUCUUUCAAUACAUUAUGCAUUUGCCACAGAAAACUCCAGGCGAUAAUCAAGAGCAGCCUCUUAUUAUGAGAAGGUUAUGACCAAGUUUCACUGUACUGUCUCUUAUCAUUACAGUAGAUUCAAGACAGCCAGUGAACAAAGCUAUGUACCACUGUCAAAGUUUUAUGAAAUUCUUCCAUUAUGUUAUACAAUUUUUUGCUUAAAUUUAUAACCUUAAUCAUUUUAAUUUCUCGCGUUUAGCUUGCUGAAAUUCUCAAUUGAGACUUAAAGGUUUGUUCCAUACAUCUUGAAGCGCACAUCCUGGACCUUAAUUUUCGAGUUAGUAAUAGAGGGAUUUAAAAUUAUGAAAGGGGGAACCCUCUAAGACCUCCAGCAUUUUGGUGGAAAAGACCUAGUUUUAUGCUUGUUAAAUAAUUCAGUUUGAGAAACUGAUCGAUAUGCGUUUGUGUCAUAGCCCCCCCACGUAUCUAUUCAUUUAAUGAAAGAUAUAGGUAUAUAUUUUAAUUUUUGAUCUCUUGUUUGAUAAUGAUCAGUGAUAUUUCACAACAAUCUGUCAUCCCCUAUACAAAGGAACGUUUCCCGAUUGCACUCUUUCAGUAUUUCUUACCCACAUUUUUUUUCGUCGAAAGGAAAACUGUCUCAUGAAUUUUUCUGAAAUUUCUUGUGAUUUUAUAGUAUCCUCAUGAGAUAAGACUCGGAAAUUUUCAGACUAAUUUGUGCAGCAGUUCUUAAAAACGUAAAAUGUUUGUAAGAAAAUUGAAACAGUGCAGAUAAGAUACUUACGUUCCUUUUCUGAUCUACAAAAUAUCCCUCGAGUUCCUCGUGGUCUUUUCCCAUGAAUCAUGGCUAUCAACUUUGUUUUCAUUCUUCUCAGCCGUAGUAUGUCCUUCAGUACAUGGGUUUUUAAUCUUGAAUCAUUUCAGCAAUAAGCUCUGUUUAUAUAUUCUUAAGGAUCGUCAGUGUUAAAAAACACAACUGAAGAAUAAAAUCGUUUUAUUUUGAUGUGCUUCAUUUCAUCUUAUUUCAUCUAACCUGUUUCAAUUUGAAACUUACCGAUCAAUCAAUCAAUGCCAAUAUGUUAAAAUAUUUGAUAAGUUUAAGGAUAGAUUUGUCUUCGUGUGACCCCUGAGACGGGUCGCGCCAAAUCCUUCAAUCAUGAAACUCUGUACGUUAUCACUUGUGUAAUUUUAUUUUCUUUUAUGAAACUUGUUAUCUCAUAUUAACACUGUACCAUACUUGUUUUGUGUAAAAAUGUAUUUUAAUUACAUAUUUUAAGUGUAAUACAUACAAA